AUGCCCACAACCAUACACUUUCAUACGAUCGCUGCUGCUUUUCAAGCAUCGGACGAUGAUCUUAAAAGAGGAUCUGUGCAAUACAAACUGCGUGGCAAGGGCAGUCAAUUUGUUGAUUUUAUUCGGUUCAAAGCAAAAGGUGGUGAUGGUGGCGAUGGAUGUGUCUCAUUCCAUAGAGAAAAGUAUUUAGCCAAGGGCCCUCCUAAUGGUGGCAACGGUGGUCGAGGUGGUAACGUGAUCAUUCGAGCUACUACCAAUGAAACCACAUUAAAGCGUUUGGGACGUACAUAUACUGCCAAGCGAGGACAAAAUGGGUUAGGUGGUGGAAGACAUGGCACUAUGGGAGACCAUUUAGUUAUACAAGUGCCUGUAGGUACCAUUGUUCGAGAAGUAACUCGACAAGAACCACUCGAAGAAGAAGAAGAGGACGAACAAGCAAAACGAGAAGCACGGUGGGUACUUUAUCCACGUGCGGAACAAGAUGCUGUUCCUGAAGGCAAAGUCAAUUUUUUUCGACAAGCAGAACGAUUGAUGGAUGAAGAAGAUCGGUAUUAUGAAUGGCGUCUUCGUACAGAGAAACGAGAGCGCAUUCAAGUGGAUUUGACAGAACAUGAUCAAGAGGUCUUGGUCUGUCGAGGUGGUCCUGGUGGCUAUGGCAACCCACAUUUCCUCACCACUGAAAAUCGAUCACCUAAAUGGGCUACUCGGGGUCGCAAAGGCGAGACUCGAGAGAUUGAAUUAGAGCUCAAGACUAUUGCUGAUAUUGGCUUGGUAGGUUUGCCUAAUGCUGGUAAAUCGACUCUUUUGAGUUCUAUCUCAAACGCACAUCCCAAACAAGCUGAUUAUGCAUUCACGACACUUCACCCCUUUGUUGGCACAGUGGAUUAUGCAGAUCAAUACCAACUGACAGUGGCUGACAUUCCAGGUCUGAUCAAAGGUGCCCAUCGUAAUAUUGGAUUAGGACAUACUUUCCUGCGUCAUGUAGAGCGUGCUAAAAUCCUGGUUUAUGUGAUUGAUGUGAGUGGUUCUGAUCCAUUUGACGAUUUGAAGACAUUACAAUAUGAAUUAGAAGCUUACAGACCUGGGUUAACAAAACGACAAUCACUUAUUGUGGCCAAUAAGGCAGAUAAGGUCGGUACAGCAAAGGAAAACCUAACACUACUUCAAAAACAAGUUGGUCAGACAAUCCCUAUUGUUCCUGUUUCUGCAAGAUACGAAAAGAACAUCCUUAAACUCACUUCUGUUCUGCGUAAAGAAGUAGAGCGUAUCAGAGCUGAAGAAGAACAAGCCAAGGAGCUUGUUGAUCACUAG